AUGGCGAAAAUUUCUGUGACGGUUCAGAAGAUGACUGGAGAGGAGAAAGUGAUCGAAGCCGACCCUCAGGACAAAGUGUCGGCAAUCCAGAAUCUGGUUGCAAGAGACAUGGGAGUUCCACAUCUUUGUCAGAAGCUAUGGAUCAAGAACGGCACGGUGUCCAUGAUGCAGCGAGCUAUACCUGGCAUGGGUCGAAAGCAGGAGGAGCUCAUUGCGUCUUUGAGGCCUCGCGAUGUGGCUGAAAUCAAGGCCAUGGCAAGACCGCCGGAAAUGGUGAUGCAGAUGAUGGCAAUUGUGAGGUAUUUGCUCCGAUACAAGGGGGACGACUGGCGAAGCAGUACAAAGAUGAUGGCCGAUACUAGAGCAUUUUUGGAAGCUCUGCAGCAGUGGUACACCACGGUUCAAGACAUUCAAUCCCGGGAGGUGAAGAAGGCGAAGAUUAUCGCCGACCAGAUGGCAGAGGAUGGAAAAUGGUCCCGGCAAUACUUCGAGCGCAUCAGUAUGCUUUGCUCCAUCCUCUACGAGUGGGUGGAGUUGGCCUUCACAAUGCAUAAGAUGUGGCACAACCCAGGAGAUGUCAGUGCCAUUGAAAUGGAAGGCUUUCAGACCUUGGACACCUACCUAGGAAGCUCGCCACAAGCUGAUGCCAGGGUUGAUCCCCCAUGA